GUUUAAAAGUGAAAAGCUUUGUGUUGUUUUUUUAGAAAAUGAAAUUAUUUGCAGGUUUAGUGAUCGCUAUUUUGGCUUUGUGCACAGCUGUUAAUUGCUGUUCACUGCAGAAAGAAGAAAAAUUAAAGAACGAUCCAUUAAGAGUGAUCCCGGAUAGAGAGAAAAAUCUUCCACCAUCCAAGUCGGAAUUGCAGCAUUUUAAUAAACAUGUUGUUUGUGCUGAUUCCACAAAAUGUUCCAAAGUUGGAAGUGAUAUACUAGCAAAAGGUGGAAAUGUUAUUGAUUCGGCCAUAGCCACAAUGUUUUGCAAUGGAAUGAUCGAUGCCGAAUCGAUGGGUAUCGGUGGAGGAUUUAUCAUGAAUAUUUAUAAAGAUAAAAAGUUCUAUACAUUAAACGCGAAGGAGGUGGCAUCGGAGGCGGCAACACCGAAUAUGUUCAAAACACAAAAAGAAUACGAAAUUGGCGCAGGAUCAAUUGGAGUUCCUGGUGAAGUGAAAGGUUACUGGGAACUGUAUAAGAGAUUUGGUUCGAUGCCAUGGAAAUCAUUGGUUGAGCCUGCCAUUAAGAUUUGUGAAAAAGGUAUGAUCCUUUCGGGUUAUACGCAAAAAUGUCUCGAACCACAUCAUUAUAAAGAUAAACAUUUAAGAAAAACAUUUUUUCGGGCGAAGAAUAAGCCACGUAAUCCUGGGGACCUUGUCAAAUUUGUACCGGAAUUAUGCAACACCUACAAAAUGAUUGCCGAAAAAGGCGGUGACGAUUUCUAUAAUGGCACCUUGGCUGAUUUAAUUGCUGCUGAUUUAAAAGAUAUUGGUAGCAUUAUUACGAAAAAAGAUCUGCAAUCGUACGAACCUCGCUGGGAAGAAACUUUAUCGGUGCCGAUGAUAAAAGGUAAUUUAACGGCUCAUUUACCUCCAUCGGCUGGUGGACCUGUUGUUGGAUUGAUUUUAAACAUUCUUAGGGGAUAUAAUAUAAGCAGAGAAUUGAUCCGAACUGAAAAUGAACUUGUUCAAACUUACCAUCGUUUCAUUGAAGCCUCCAAAUUUGCAUUUGGAUAUCGAACUCAUUUGCACGACUCUGAUACUGUUUUGCCAUUAGUUCGAAAAAUGCUGACACCGGCUUUCGGUGAUGAAAUUCGUGCGUUAAUCGAUGACAAUAAGACAUGGACCGAUCCAAAACACUAUGGCGGCGAAUUCGUCAUAAAUGAUAAAGGGACCUCCCAUACUUCGAUUUUAGCAGCAAAUGGUGACGCUGUUUCGGUGACAUCAUCGCUUAAUUUUCUUUUUGGAUGUGGAAAAACGGGCAAAAAAACUGGAAUCAUUUUCAAUAAUGGAAUGAACGAUUUUGCAAUAAAUAAUAUGGCGAAUAGCGCACUGACACAACCAUCGGCAAACAACUUCAUAGCACCCAAAAAACGUGCUACUUCUUCAUUCAGUCCAAUAAUCGUGACCGAUGACAAGGGAGGUGUUCGAAUGGUUGUUGGAGGUGCGGGUGGAACAAGAAUUAUAACGGCAGUUUCGAUGGUUAUUGGUCGUGUUCUCUGGUUUAAUGAAAAUCUUAAAGAAGCCAUAGACGCUUCACGAAUGCAUCAUCAAUUGUUGCCAAUGCAAGUGGAUUAUCAGUAUGGCAUUCCAGCACCCAUUAUUUCGGGGUUAAAGGCAUUGGGACAUAAAAUGGAACGAAAUUGGUGUGGUAUAUCUAACGUUCGUGCGAUAGCAAGAAAUGAGAGUGGAAUUUUUGCAAAUGCUGACUAUAGAAAAGAAGGCAAAGCAGUUGGAGAAUAGCACAAAUUCAAAAAGAGACAACAAUGAAAAAUAAAAAAAUAUAUAUUUUUGUCAUUGAAA